AUGCGACAUUUUAGGACUCACAAUAACCAUAUUUUAGGUAAAGCGAAGGCGGCAUUACUAGAAGCGAUUGAUAUUCUGCAGAAUACCAACAAACUACUUGGCGACACAGGCUCCCCGAUCCCUUCCAGUAAAAUUGCGUUCCACGCAAGAUUGACAACGCCGUAUGUAACCCUUGGUUCGACACAGACUGUUAUUUUUGACCACGUUAUCACCAAUAUUGGAAAAGCAUAUAACAAGCAUACUGGUCAUUUCACUGCACCCUUAAAUGGAAUAUACGUCUUUGCCUGUACAUUUCUAAAAAGUGGAAAUAAGGCUUUACAUCUUCAAAUCGUACAAAACAGCAGCGAAAUAUCGAAAGGGCAUGCACCAAGCGGUGGAGAUAUUGGCGGAUCGAUGAAUGCCGUAAUAUAUCUGCACAAGGGAGAUGUUGUCAAAGUUCGUCAUUACCCAGGCCGAGGAUCGCAAACUAUACACGGCAAAUGGAGCUUCUUUACGGGUUAUCAUCUCUAA